AUGACUGCUGUCCUCAUUACUGGCGCAACCGGCAAACAAGGAGGUGCUCUCAUCAGGAGCCUCAUCCUCCGCAAGGCCCCUUUCGAGAUUCUCGCUGUUACCAGGAACCCAACCUCAGCUUCUGCCCAAAAACUGGCCAAUCUAUCCCCUAAUAUCAAGUUAGUUGAGGGCGAUUUGGGAAACCCGGGAGUCAUCUUUCAGAACGCUCAACGCUUGACAGCAUCACUUAUCUGGGGCGUAUACAGCGUGCAGGCUGCCAUUGGCAACAAUGCCGAAGAAUCCCAAGGCAAAGCCCUGAUAGACGAGUCCAUCAAACAGAAAGUCAAGUUCUUCGUCUACAGUUCUGUUGACCGCGGCGGCAAAGACCGCUCGUUCACCAACCCAACAAAUAUUCCUCACUUUAUUAAGAAGCAUAAUAUCGAGCACCAUCUUGUGGAUCGCACCAAGGAUGGUAGCAUGGACUGGGUGAUACUCCGCCCGACAGCCUUUUACGAGAAUCUUACCCCUGACUUCCUCGGCAAAGUCUUCACCACAUGCUUCAAGAUAGCUUUGACUGGAAAGCCUCUGCAGCUGGUUGCAACUAGUGACAUUGGGUUUUUCGGCGCCGAUGCAUUCAUGCAUCCAGAACAGUACAAGGGAAAGGCAGUUUCUCUAGCAGGUGAUGAACUGACAUUUGACGGGAUGAAAUCAAUUUUUGAACAGAGGACAGGUCUGCCACUGCCUACGACAUUUCGUCCUGUAUGCUCGUUCUUCAUGGCCAUGAUGAAGGAUAUGGGAUAUAUGUUCAAGUGGCUCAGAGAUGAGGGGUACGGGGCUGAUAUUUCCAGUAUAAGGGCGCUCAAUCCGGAGAUGAAGGAUUUUGCGACUUGGUUAGAGAAGGAGAGCGGCUUCAAGAAAUAG